AUGGCGGUUGGAGAGGCUAUUGCGAAACGAUUGCUGACAUUCUCAGAGUCGCCGCACUUCAAUACGAUGCUUGCUGUGGUUUUCCAGGACUUUGCUCAGGAGUUCCGCACACGCGAGGCUGCAAAUAUUGAGGCGACGCGGGUGCAUGUGUCCAGCGAGGCGAUAAAGAGACGAGGCAAAAAGUCUCAUAAGGCAAAGGCGAGUAGCCACGCCGACGGCGCUGCAACAACAGACGCCCCCGUCAACAAGGAGCCGGCUGGAGGAAAGAGGGAGGGUGAUGCGUUGGCUUUUGACGCUGUUUCCGACGUUGUCGGUGUGGUUGGCAUUUCGAGGGAGGAGGAAGACUUCAUAUGA